UGGUAAGCGUGACCAAACAACUCAUAUUGGCCAAAGCAGUUAGGUUUAGCCAUUUCUGAUGAGAUUUAAGGAGAUUAACCGUAUAGUUCACCCUAAAAGUAACCACACAAGCUAGAUUAGUUCAUAAUACAGCCAUGAAAUUCUCAUGGAUGAAUAAGCUUAAGGAAUUUGCUAAAAAGCUUGAUUAUGAUAGUGAAGACCCAAAUUCUGGCAAUGUUCAGAACCUUGACAAUUAUCAAACCACAAAAGCCUUCAUCACAAAUACUCUCCGUAACAAUGACGUUGUUCUAUUUAUGAAAGGGACAUCAGAAAUGCCUCAAUGCGGAUUCAGCAACUAUGUAGUUCAAGUAUUCAAAUUCUACAAAGUCAAAGACUUCCAUGUUGUAAACGUGCUGGAUUCAGAUAUGAUCAGGGAGGGUAUUAAGAAGUACUCAAACUGGCCAACAAUUCCACAGAUUUAUAUUAAAGAAGAGUUUAUUGGGGGAAGUGAUAUCAUAAAGGAAAUGCAUAUGGAUGGGUCUUUAGAGCAUCUUCUUCAAAGAGAAAAAUUGAUUUAA